AUGGACAUGAAUGAGGACAGCAAUGGGGAAGUCAGUGAUGAGGCUCUACAUCAAGAAGGAUACAGCAAUGAUGAUGAGCAUGAUGAUGAGCAUGAUGAUGACAACUAUGUUGAUGAGAAUGGCAAUUAUGUUGAUGAUGGGAGGCAGGAGAUUAUUUGA